CCCACUAGUACCAUUACAGUCAGCCGCGAGUUGCGGAAGGCGGGAAUCGGAGAGCAAGCGUUCUUUCGCGCCACAUGUUACUCGCCUACGUGGCUUGUCAUUUCAUUCCGUCACUGACGGACUGACGGAAUGGCCCUUGAGGCGAUAUCGGCCGUGCCGACGAAGGAAAAUUUUAACUUAUCAGAUUUACACUGGAUAUGGGAACACUACUGUCUCCGCCUCUUGCGCUCCUCCGACAGUCGGACCGAAGAAGUAGGAACGAUCGGUGCUGAGUCGACAAGCCCUUACUGUUGAUCUAGAUAGGAGUUGGAGAGGCAGGACCUCUUUGUCGACUCGACAGUAUACAUAAAUAGAGACAGAAAGACGGCAAUCUCCCCUUGGCGCCACACGUCUACCUAACUCUUUUCUCUCCGCUCGACAGAAGUUUCUUUUGCUUUUCCACCUUUCAUGGCCCUUUUGCGCCUCGUCCAAAGACCACUUCACAGUACCGCCUCGUCACGACUGAGCAUCCUGCAGCGCAUCUUUGCGAGCAUGUCGGCACCGAUCUCCUCGUCAGCCGAGGCAGUCAAGCCGGCCUCGGGCCACACACCGACGCGCACCGUCCUUGUUCUCGGCGCCUCGUACGCGGGACACCGGGCAGCGCAGAUGCUUUCCACCCAACUGCCACCAGACUGGCGCGUCGUGGCGCUCGAGCGCAACACCCACUUCAACCACCUCUACGCCUUUCCCCGCGUCUCGGUGCUGCCCGGCCACGAGCAAAAGGUCUUUGUGCCCUACACGCGCAUCUUUAAUCCUCCGACCGGUCCCCCGGCGAUUGCAAAGCAGAGCAUCGUUGUCCAAGGGUCCCUGACACACCUUGGAAAGCCUGAGCCGGGUCAAGUGGGUAGGGGUGUGGCCCGCUACCUGCCUGUCGACAAGGACAAGGAGGAGAGCAUCGCCUUUGACUACGCAAUCUACGCCCUCGGAAGCCAGCUGCCGCCACCGAUCAACGUCUGGUCCACAGCCUCGUCCUCGUCAUCAGAGUCGAAGAACGGGAUUCUUGAUCCGAGCGAGACGACGUCUCGCAGCAAGGUCGAGGAGGCCUACAGGGAACAGAUUGCCGAGCCCCAGCAGCCCGGCAGUAAGAAGAAGGGCAUGGACUGGCUCAAGGACACGCAGAAGAAAAUCAGAGACGCGCACAGCGUCCUGGUCAUUGGUGGCGGAGCUCUGGGGGUGCAGUAUGCCAGUGACAUUGCCUAUCUCUACGGUACACCCACAACCGCGCCUGUGCACCCGCAGGAGGAGCCGAGCGGCCCGAGAAAGAAGGUGACGCUCCUGUCCUCGCGCUCCCUCCUUCCCCGCUUCCGGCCCUGGAUGCACGAGGAGGCAAAGAAGCGGCUCGAGGCGCUCGGCGUCGAGGUCAUUACGGACGCCCGUGCCGAUCUGAGCACGCUCGACGACAGCAAGGACGCCAGCAACAAGGACCGCGUCAUCAAAACGCUUGACGGCCGCCAGCUCCAGGCCGAGGUCGUCCUCUUCUGCACGGGUCAGAGGCCCAACUCGUCGUUCGUCGAGGCGGUUGAGCCGGGUGUCGUCAAUGAGAGCAACGGAAUGGCCUUUGUCAAUCGCCACCUCCAGCUCGCGACGCCUUCGAAAGAGGGCGAGCCGCAGACAAAGCAGGGUCUCAACCACAUCUUUGUCGUCGGAGAUGCUGCAGACGCCUUUGAUGCCCUCAAUGCAGGCCACACUGCCUUUGAGCAGGCCAACUACGCUGCCCGAAAUAUUGCUCGUCUGGUCGCGUCCGAGCGUUCGCUGGAGAAUGGUUUCGCAGGUCUGUCCGUAGAAGACGGAGGGGACGAGAAGCAGCAGGGGUGGGAGGAGUGGGAGAAGCGAAAGGCGGAGCUGGGCACAGAGCUGGAAAAGUACGAGCCAGAGGGACAUCGGAUCAAGGUCUCGGUCGGCUUCAGAGAGGCCAUCAUUCAGCGUCCAACGGAGCACAUCACCUCCAGUGAGGGCGCAGAUGAUCUCAACACGCCAAACAUGUGGAAGAACAGGGGUCUGGACACGGCCGACUUAUUCGUAUAGACUAGCAAUCGAGUUUCAGAGACACAGAAGCCAAUGCACUCAUGUUGUUGAUACACAUUGAAAAAAUACACUACAAGAAUGGACCAGAUCAAGCGGAA